GACUCUGGUCCACCCUGUGCAUGCUGACUGUUAAUAUUCUCCCGAAACGAUGUGUCAACCACCAGAAAGAGGAUAAACACGAAGCUAAACCACGAGACAGGCCAGGCGCACCACUUAGACAAAUUGAACAUUACUGUCAUGAUGGGGGGAACGUAAACUAAGCUAGGAGGCUGACUUCUAGUGUUUUGCACUGCAGAAGACGAGGAUACAGGGGCUGAAUGGAUAACCAUGGCAACAGCAGCAGGAGAAGCGGUGAGCAGCAGCUUACAGCAGCGAUAUAACCACUGAACACAAACAAGGCAUCAUACCUCCGUAGAUCUGAAAGGCAAGGGUCGCUGUAGGUUGUGAAGCCAAAGCCUUGUGGAUAUUAGACAGUGGUGGACACUGGUUAUUGCGUGGGGAUUCGCAGCGCAUCAGUGAGCAAGGGGAUGACCUGGAAAAUAUCAUGUCUGAAGUACAGGGGACGUUGGAGUUUUCUGUAGAGCUGAACAAGUUUCACAAUGUGGAUCUCUUCCAGAGAGGAUUCUACCAGGUCCGAGCAGGGCUGAAGGUCUCUCCUCGUGUACCACACAGGUUGAUAGCGACAACACCAGGGAAUACAGGUGACUGUAGUUUCAGCUCUGCGGGGGUCCAUGAUGGGGUCCAUGAGGACACUACGGUGUUCAGUCGGAUCUUCCAGAUCCUCUACCGGAAUGAAGAGGUCAACAUCGAUGACCGCAUGCUCUUCAAGGUCCACCUAUUGCUGGAUGGGGAGAGGGUGGAAGAGGCUCUGAGUGAAGUGGACUUUCAGUUGAAGCUGGAUCUUCACUUCACAGACAACGAGCAACAGUUAGGGGACAUCGUGACAGUCCCAGUCAUCAGCAGUAGGACCCUGGGUCUCCACUUCCACCCCAGGAGAGGUCUCCACCACCAUGUACCUGUCAUGUUCGACUACUUCCACCUGUCCGUCGUCUCUGUCUCCAUACAUGCAUCCUUGGUGGCCUUGCAUCAACCACUCAUCAGUUUUGCCCAUACAGGGAAGGGUUCCUGGCUGGGAAAGGGCUCCCCAGAGAACGGUACUGACCCGUCAGCCAUGGGGGUGUCCAUGGAGAACCUGAUGUUCGGGGCUGGAUACUGCAAACCUGUCAUCACAGAGGGGAGUUUCUACGUCCCCAGUGAGAACUGUUUACAGAGAGCUCACACAUGGCAUGGUAGACUCUGUCGCCUCCUACUGGUGGUACACAGAGGCCUACGUUCCUACUACACCACGGUGAUGAAGGAGAUACCACAGCUGGACCAGGUGGACAUAGACGAGCUUCCUGUGGAAGAAACACUAAAUCUGCUCAGAACAGAAUUACAGCUGCAGGAGGGGCAUGAGAAAGUAGCAGAACAGAUCUGUAGAGACCUGACCCAACUCUGCUCCCAACUGUCGGCCCUGUGGACACGCUUCCUGGAGGCUGCCGUUCCCAACACACAUAUCCUGUCCCACCUGGCCCAGGAACACCACACACUCAGGGUCAGGCGGUUUUCAGAGGCAUACUUCUUCACAGAACACCCCAAAGAGACAUCCCUGACAUUUCAAGAGGACCUGAUCAACAGACACGGUCAGAUAGCUGUGGAGGUGCGUAGCUCCAACUACCUGACCAGGAUGCCACCGUUACCUGUAGAAUGCCUGGACAUUGACGGAGACUGGAACAGCCUGCCUAUCAUCUUCGAAGAUAGAUAUGUAGAGUCUCCACGGACAGAUUGGGGAUCAUAUAUACCAACACCUAUGUCCACCAGUGAGCAGGCCAUCCCCGACCCUCCUGUCACUGAUGCCAACAAUAGCCCUCCUCCCCUGGACCGGCUCACCAGCUCACCAGCAAUACCAACCCAGGAACCUAAAGACAGUGAGGACUGCAUGGACCUGUCUACACACGGGUCUCUCAUAGGAGAGCAGAGCACCAGCAUUAUUACUGACAAGAUAGGAGAGACAUCAGACCCAGACAAGGCAGACACAGACCAGGGAGAACCAGACCAGGGAGAGCCAGUCCAGCCAGGGGAUCCAGAGGAGCAGGCCAAGGCAGAGGAGAUAUCAGAGGAGAGCCCUGGUUUAGGCCUGAGAAUAACCAGAGUCAGGCCCACUGAUGUGGAUCCAUUCAGAGGAGAGGCAGUGCUAAUGAUCUCCUCCAACCACAAACAGUGUACGGACCCACAACAUACCUCUAACCGUGAAGACACAACUUGGAAAGACUUGGAGAACCAUCAAGACAUCAUCACACAGAGAUACCAGAACAUUAUCAGUACAGGAAUUGACUUGGAUGUAGAACAGAAUGACAUUGCUAUGGACGACGACAGCAAGUAUGUUCCUCUGAGCCGUCUAACCACUUACCCUCAGGCUCCACUCAAAGAUCAUCCCCUCACGCAUCCUCUACCUACGGACCUGAGGAGAGAGCUGGCCCACCGAGGGGUGGUGGGGGUCGGGGGCCCCAAGAUAAUGAACCGCUCCCCCUCCAUCAUCUCUGACUCAGGCAUCGAGAGUGAGCCCAGCUCGAUGGCCUGGCUCCUGGACGCUCACCGGACUGGAGGAGGGCGCCCUCUGGAGGAGAUAAUGGUACUGCAGCGCCUGGAGAGGAGACACCCAGCCCACCGCAGCUCCCUGGAGGGCCUGCAGACAGAGAGUGGAGCCAGUGGGGGCAGCCUGCCCGGCGGAAGGGGUGGCAGUAUGGGUAUCCAGGCCUCCCUCACCUCCAUCUCGUCCCUGCCCUACGAGGACGACGAGGAACAGAGGUACCAGCAACAGCUCAGUAAACUGACCAAGUCUGUCUCAGCUCCUCAGAUCUCCAGCCCUGAGGACACAGAAGAGGACCAGGGAGGAGCGGAGGCGGAGGUAGACACGGAGAGCGAGGGGACCAGCGGGUACCAGGACCAGGAGGUGGGAUGCUCCUCCAUCUCCACUGCUCCCACCCAUGUAAUGACUGGGGACUUGAUUAGACACCAGGAGUCCUUAUCCAGGGGAAACUACUCCUCUCUAGAGGACAUCCAUGAGGGAGAGCUGCCUGAGGUUGGUCUGUUUGACUGGGUAGCUGCGCCCUCACCACCCCAGCAUGUGACCAGAGCUCAUAUGGAGAGUUGUCAUGUUCUUAAAGAAACUCUUAGAUCUAAUGAAUCUGCUUUGCCAGUGGCCCUGUCAGACACUCAGGACAUGAAAGCAGUGUUAAGUGGCAUUAGUCGAGUACCGGAAGUCUUGCUGUUCCAACAGUAUGUUGAAUGCCAUGAUGAUGUGAAGGAUCCAGCUGUAGUCAGUCAGAUGGAGGAUAAGAAACAUCACAGAGGAGAUAGCCGUGGUGUCCCAAACUCAGUGGACCCAGGUCCCUGUGAAGUAGACUUCGUCCCCUGUAGCUGUGAGACAAAACCCUGUGAACAUGACAGCGUUGUGCUGGUGGAUGAUGUGGAGGAUAAUCCAGUCAGGAAUGACUGUCAGAGUCUCCAUCAGAUUGGGUUGAAUGACCUUGUUGACCAGGACCUACUGGAUCAUCAUCAUACUCCCUGCCAGAGCCUCCAUCGGGUCGGGCUGCGUGACCUAGUGGUGGUCUCACAGAGGAAGAGCCUCCAUGACCCCAGGCCUAUCCCCUCUAUCCCCAACCACACAGAGAGACCCAUCCACCUCAUAGGCCUUACUGUCAAUGAUAGGGCCAAGUCUGAUGACCUCAUAGGGCUCCCGGCCAACGAGCGAGAGCAGCUGGAUCUCAACGGUCAGACCAAGCCGGCUAAGAUUCCCAGUAGCUCGGAGUCAGGUUCAGGCUCGGGGUCAACCUCAGGAUCAGGCCUGUCCUUUAUGAACAGGAAGGUGGUGGAGGUGGUGAAUAUGUCUGUGUCCUGUGCUCCGACCUGUCUUCCCUUCUCCUCCGUCCUCCGGGACUCACCGUCCAUUAGCGGCAUCUCCACUCGACAAGCCACAUCUCCCAUUACCCAUCAGCCCAUGGGGUCCUUCGGCAUCAUCUCCUCAUCCUCGUCCAACUCCCUGGGGCCAGACGACGACACAAACAAGAGGAUGAUGCAUUUCUACAGGUCCAAAGAGGAUCUGGUGAAAGACCUGGUGUUCCAGGCAACCCUGUACAGUGACCUCCCUCACCUGGCCUCCGACCUGCCCUAUUUCCCCCCUGAGGAGGAGGAUGAGGAGUUUGAGGAUGGCAUACACCUGGUUGUCUGUGUCCACGGCCUUGAUGGGAACAGUGCAGACCUUCGCCUGGUGAAGACCUUCAUAGAGCUGGGUUUACCAGGGUCCAGACUGGACUUCCUCAUGUCUGAGAGGAACCAGACGGACACGUUUGCAGAUUUUGACACCAUGACGGACAGGCUAAUAGACGAGAUCAUCCAGCACAUUCAGCUGUACAACCUCACCGUCGGACGAAUAAGUUUCAUCGGUCACUCUUUGGGGAACGUGAUUAUCCGGUCGGUGCUGACAAGGCCUCGGUUCCGCUGCUACCUGGUCAAGCUGCACACCUUCCUGUCUCUGUCUGGACCACACCUGGGAACGCUGUACAACAACAGCACGCUGGUCAGCACAGGUCUGUGGCUGAUGCAGAAGCUGAAGAAAUCUGGAUCGUUGCUGCAGCUCACCUGCAGAGAUCACACCGAUCCUCGGAAAACCUUCCUCUAUCUUCUCAGUCAGAAACCAGGGCUCCAGUUCUUCAAGAAUGUGGUGUUGGUGGCAUCGCCUCAGGACCGAUAUGUUCCCUUCCACUCUGCAAGGAUAGAGAUGUGCAGGACUGCACUCAAAGACAGGACCACAGGUCCAGUGUACACAGAGAUGAUCAACAACCUACUCCAGCCGUUGGUGGGGGCUAAGGACUGUUGUCUGAUUCGCCAGAAUGUGUUCCACGCCCUGCCCAACACCGCCAACACUCUGAUUGGCCGAGCCGCUCAUAUCGCUGUGCUCGACUCUGAACUCUUCUUGGAGAAGUUCUUCCUGGUCGCAGGGCUCAACUACUUCAAAUAGAACUUAAAACUACUUCAAAUAGUACUUCAAACUACUUUAAAGGGAUACGUCAGGAUUUUCGACAAUGAAGCCCUUUAGCUAUUUCCCCAGAGUUAGAUGAAUUUGUGGAUUCCAUUUUUAGGUCUCUGUUUGCAGUUUGAAGGAAGUUGCUAACUAGCAGGAGCGCAAUUGCAAACUAGCGUUAGGGCAAUGACUGGAAGUAUAUGGAAACUGCUAGCCUGCUAGUUGAUACAGCAGACUUCCAGUCAAUGGGCUGACUCUAGUUAGCAUUGGCUCGCAAAACUACCUCUGACUUCCUUCAUACUGGAUGCAUUGACAUAAAAAUG